GCGGCAGGGAGCGAGGGGGGGGGAGAGACGCGGAGCUCUAGAGCGACUCGAGAGGCGGCUGCUGCCCUGCGCCGCGUUGCCAUUUUUGCAGCCGCGCCUCGUUUAGGGCAACGGAGGACCCGCUCCCGACCCCGAGCGGCGCUUGACGUUUGGCCCCCGGGUCCUGCCGCUUGCAGAUCUCCAACAUGGAAGGGCUCAAGGACGCCGACGUGGGAUCUCUGCUGGCGACAGCCCGCGAGGAGCACAGAAGGGCUUUCGGGGGCGCAGAGCCUGAGAUCGCCGUGUCGGCGCCUGGGAGGGUGAACCUGAUCGGAGAGCACACCGAUUACAACCAGGGCUUCGUUCUGCCGAUGGCCUUGCAUAUGAGAACUGUGAUGGUUGGGAGUCCGAGGGAAGACGGAAUAAUAUCUGUCGUCACAACAGCUGAAGAAGCUGAUGAGCCCAAAAGAGUGCAGUUUCUGGUUCCAGCGAAAGGUGGUGCCUUGAAACCAGGAGAACCUCAGUGGGCAAAUUACGUGAAGGGGGUGAUCCAGCAUUAUAGGGCUGGCCCCCUCCCGGGCUUUAAUGCGGUCAUCGUCAGUAACAUCCCACUGGGUGGUGGUCUGUCAAGUUCAGCAUCCUUGGAGGUGGCUACCUACACAUUUCUGCAGCAGCUUUGUCAAGAUGAUGGGGAUCCAGUAGCUAAGGCUCUGGCAUGCCAGAAAGCGGAGCACACCUUUGCAAUGAUGCCCUGUGGGAUCAUGGACCAGUUCAUCUCUGUGAUGGGGAACGAGGGCCAUGCUUUGCUGAUAGACUGCAGGUCCCUGCAGACGCACCUGGUACCUUUGUCUGACCCCGACUUAGUUGUUCUCAUCACCAAUUCCAAUGUACGGCACACAUUGACGGGCAGCGAAUAUCCCACACGUCGGCGCCAGUGCGAAGAGGCUGCCAAGGUGCUUGGCAAGGCAAGCCUGAGAGAAGCCGACAUGUCCAGCUUGGAGGCUUCCAAGGCCCUGAUGAGUGAGGAGGUGUACCGGCGAGCCAGACACGUGAUUGGGGAGAUCGAACGCACUACCAAGGCAGCUGAGGCGCUGCAGUCCAAAAAUUACAAGAGAUUCGGGCAACUGAUGGUGGAGAGUCACAAUUCUUUGCGGAAUGACUAUGAAGUCAGCUGUGCAGAACUAGAUGAGCUGGUUGCCGCUGCUUUAGAAGUUCCUGGUGUUUAUGGCAGCAGAAUGACUGGUGGUGGGUUUGGAGGUUGUACUGUUACUCUACUGGAAUCCAGUGCAACAGAAAAAGUUGUGAGACACAUUAAGGAAAAAUACAGUGGGACCGCGACCUUCUAUUGCACAAAAGCUUCCGAUGGCACCAAAGUGCAUCCUCUUCCGUGAAAGAACUUCCAGUCUCUGUGUAAGGACCUGCUACCUCUCUGCUACCUGGAUCCAAGAGAAUUGCUAGGCUUUGAACCAGUCGGCCUGCCUGAUCUUCUAAGGGAAAUCAAAGACUUUCUUUGCUGGUACAAUUGUGAUACUAGAGGAAAUGCCUUGGCAUUUUUUUUUGCACAAAUGUAAUUAAAAAUCCAUUUUGCCUGUA